AUGUCGGCGCUCGCGAGAAGCUCGACGGCGUCCGAGCCCGCGGUCCGGCUGCUGCUCCUGACGGCGGCGCUGGUCGCCAGCGCCGCCGGCGCCUCGGUCUGCGACACGGCCAGCUGCGGCAAGGGCACCUGCGCCGAGCUGCCGAAAGUGAUCCCCUUCGUGCCCAACUACGCGUGCCACUGCGACCCCGGCUGGUCCCAGCCCUUCCCGGCCAUCUCCUCCUCGCCCUGCGUCAUCCCCAACUGUUCCUUCGAAGGCGCCUGCUUCAACCACAGCCUGACGCCGCCGCCUCCGCCCAAACCCGGCUUUCCCAUGGAAGUCUGCGCCGCCGUGAGCUGCGGGCCGGGGGGAGCGUGCAAGGCCGGCGCCGCCCCGUUCAGCUACAGCUGCGAGUGCCAGCCGGGCUACGCCAACCUCCUCAACCUCGCCGGCCUUCCCUGCGUCAAGAACUCGGCGGGGCUGAUUACGGAGUUUAGCAGGCUAUAG